CCUUUCUUUCCUUCCUUUUACUUUCUUCCUUCCUUUCUCUUUUUCUUUCUUUCUUUUUCCUUAUUUGGACACAGCUAAUACAGGAGUUUGUAAAUGAUUACGCAUAUUUGUAAUGGGUUUUGUUUUUCUUGCUUUCUCAGUGGGUGAGGGAGGAGGAAAGAGAGAUUAGAACUGAAAAUAAGAUAAAAGUGAACUUUUUAAGAAGUGCAUUUGGCAGAGAGGACAGGGCUCACUGUCUUGUCAGUCUCCUAGGACACGGAGGGAUGACUUGUUUAUUUUUAUCUUUCAUCAGCAGGGCUCCCCUGCCUCAGUCUCAUGGUCCACCCUCCCACCUAACAAUGAUGGUUACAGUACCAACAGCUACCAACUCCACUGAGGACGGGAACGCGUCUCCUCUGGGAAUAGCCAUCGUCAUUGCGCUGCUGUGCCUGUGUGGCCUGGUAGGGAAUGGGACCAUCAUCUGGUUUCUCAGGUUCGGCAUAAAGAAGAACCCCUAUUCUGUUUACAUUUUCAACCUGGCCAUUGCUGACUUCUUAUUCCUCCUCUGCAUGUUUCUCUCAAGCAUUCUCAACAGGCCUGAGUUUGGUCCCUGGCCCUGGCACAUUUCUGAGAUCUUUAGGAGAACAAGGCACCUGGCUUACGUCCUGGGGCUGAGCCUGCUGGCCACCAUCAGCACUCAGCGAUGUCUCUCUGUCCUCUUCCCCAUCUGGUACCGAUGUCACCGUCCCAGGAAUCUGUCUGCCCUGGUGUGCGCAGUACUGUGGGCUCUGGCCAUCCUGGAGAAUCUGGUAGCUAUCUAUUUCUGUGUCGUGCAAAAGGAAAAUAAGAAUUCAUGUCAGAAAGUAGACUUGUUUUUUAUGGUUUUGAUCUUUGGCGUCUUCACCCCAGUGAUGUGUGUAUCCGGCUUGACCCUGUUCAUUAAAGUCCGGAGGGUCUCCCGAAAGCGCCAGCCAGCAAGGCUCUACAUCAUCAUCCUGGUCACCAUCUUGGUGUUUCUCAUCUGUGCCCUGCCCUUCGCAGUCCAUUGGUUUAUUAUUUACUGGCUCUGCCGGAGGGAGAGACCGAACAUUAUUUUCUAUGGUGUGGUUAAAAUAUUCUCUUGCGUGAACAGCGCUGCCAACCCCAUCAUUUACUUCACGGUUGGGAGUCAGAGGAAGAAAAGGUUUCAUGAGCCCCUCGGGGUCACGCUAGAGAGGGCUUUCUGGGAUGAAGAGAUGUCCCCCGCAGCGCUGGGAUCAGAUAGUCGAGGGGCUCAGGGUGGAGGUGAGGAUACAAAUGAGGAGCUCCCGAGGGUAACCGCCAAAUGUAGAGACCCCCAGUCUGUCUGA